CUGAUAGAUCAAAGGGUAGAAACUGAAAAAUUAUCAGAUUGCAAAUGCCAGGCACAUACUAAAAAAAAGCUUAGUAAAAUCCAUUUAUCGGCUUUUAGAAGAAAAAGGAAAAUAUCUAAGAGCUGACUACUCUACACUGUGCAAAGCUGAAAUGGAAGACGAUGGAAUCGGGGAGUUAGAGAGAUACCAGAUCGAACAGAUACGCGAGCUUGAAUUUGAAGAAUUACAGGUCGAGGAAGUCGAGGAUUUUGAAAUCUCAUCAUCUGAUGAUGAAUUCAUCAACGCUAUAAGUGCUGGUGAACAUACAUUUAACCCUUGUUUGGCUCCGUUGCACACCUAUCUUGGCGAGGUCGAAGACACUCACCGCGGAUUGGCUUUCUUAGAUGGUGGUGCUCUAUUAUCUCUCCCAAUGUUCUAUCUUGAAGGAGUUGUUCUUUUCCCAGGGGCCAUCCUUCCUCUCAGAGUUAUUCAACCCAAUUUCAUAUCUGCUGUUGAGAGGGCAUUGACCCAAGCUGAUGCUCCUUACAUUAUAGGCGUGGUUCGUGCUUACUUAAGUCCUGAGAAUGGAAGAUUAAAGUUUUCUAUGAUUGGAACAACUGCAGAGAUUCGACAAUACAGAAGGUUAGAGGAUGGGUCAUUAAAUGUGGUUACUCGCGGCCAGCAGCGCUUUCGUUUAAGACGCCGUUGGAUUGAUGUGGAAGGCGUGCCAUGUGGGGAAGUCCAAAUUAUUCAGGAAGAUCUUCCAUCAAGGACACCACGAGAUGCAAUUGGAAAAGUUGUACCAUUGCAUAACUUUCAUAGCCAUAAUAUCUCAGACACAGAACCUUCAAGUGUUUCUCGCAGAGAUGUCUCGUCACACGCCUAUGGAGAUGAUAAUGAUGAUUCAGAGGCCAACUCGGAGAAAAGCUUUGAGAGUGAGCUUUCCCCAGCUGAAAAGAGAAUCCAUCAAUCUGCAAUUGGUUCAUUAUUUAGCAACGAUAUGAUAAAUGAAUCGACAAGCAGUGAUGAUGAGAAUUUUGAGUCAGGAAUUAAAAUUACCAGCUCUAAUACGAAUGAUUCUGACUCUAAUGAGUCAUUGUACUUGGGCCAUAACAAAAAAAUGGGAAAGACAAUUUUAGGAACUGGCUAUUCCUCCACACCUGAAAAGCAACAUCACAAAGGGGAAGUGUCCAAAAGCUACUGGAAAAAAACUGAUUUAAGCCAUUUCCGUAGAGUUUCAAGAGCAUACUGGCCCUAUUGGGUGUACCGUAUGUAUGACUCCUAUUGCCUUGCUCAGAGAGCUGCAGAUAUGUGGAGACAGAUAAUUGGGCAACCAAGUGUGGACAGUCUUGUGGAGAAACCUGAUCUGUUGUCAUUUUUUAUUGCCAGUAAAAUGCCUAUUUCUCAGUCCAUAAGGCAGGAGCUUCUGGAGAUUGAUGGCAUUUCAUAUCGGCUGCACCGAGAAAUUGAUUUGCUUAAAAGUUUUGACCAUGUUCGCUGUAAAAAUUGUCAGAAUGCAAUUGCAAGGAGGAGUGAUAUGUUGGUGAUGUCUAGUGAAGGUCCUCUUGGAGCUUAUGUGAAUCCUCAUGGUUUUGUGCAUGAAAUUAUGACUUUCUAUAAAGCAACAGGCUUGGCACUCUAUGGUGGACCAGUUAAGGAAUACAGUUGGUUUCCCGGGUAUGCAUGGACGAUAACAAAUUGUACCAACUGUGAAUCCCAAAUGGGGUGGCUUUUCACAGCCACAGAGAAAAAAUUGAGGCCUCACUCAUUUUGGGCAAUCCGGAGCGCCAGUGUUGCUGACAGUAAAUACAAAUAAAUUGAGGAUUUCCUCGUUGCUCCAAAUUCUGUUUGUGUCCCUGUAAUGAGAUUUACCCUGUAUAUAGCACUAGUCUUUUUCUUCUUCUGUUGAGGCUUGGCAAAAGGGUGAAAAAACAGAGAGAAAAUCUCCUUUCCAAGGAAUGGUGUCCUGCUAGCAAUUUCAAAGCAAUAGUUUUUAUAUAUAAUGCUGGAUCUGAAAGUGGUGUUUCACAUGUUUUUUUGGAUUUAGCGGUGGUUAGUAGGGGCGGAAACUGCGAUAACCUCUAUGGCCCUUUAUCGCCCUUAUUACUGGUAAAUUGCGGCAGCUCUGCAGAUGUGUCAAAUCCUGAUGUAUGUCUUAUACCUUGUGGGCAAGAAAUCACAGAUUCAUUGUACGGUUUCGGGCAAAUCUGCUUCAUAUCAGGUGUUAUGUAAAUUUAGUCUACAUAAGCUUAAAAUAUACUUCGGCAUGGAUGAUAAGUGGUCAACAAAAAUGCGAAGUUGACUUGUGUUAUCGACUUGCUUUCUUCCUUGGGCGUCAGUCUCACGGCUCAAGUAUUGUAGUGCAGAGAAUAGCAAAAGUUUUUAUUAUUCUUAUUCAGAUACGCACCUACUAGUUAUAAUUAUGCAAUCAUAUUUAUAGUCUUA